AUGUAAUAAAACAAUAUUAAUUGCACAGUCUCUGGACAUGAAAAUCAAAAAGUUUUAUCUCUUUGUUUAAAUAUUUAAUGUCCUUUUAGAACUGCAUCAUGUUUAUUAUGCAAAUAAGAAUAACAUAAAGAACAUAGUCAAGAUCUUAAAGAACUUAAUUAAAUUGAGCAAUAAAUUGUGUUGAUUGAAGCAUCAUAAUAAAAUAUGAUUUCAAUCUUAAGAAGGAUGGAAUACGAAAUAUAAGCAGCAAUCAAGUUUAUUAAUCAUUCAGUUCAAACAUUAAUUGCUCCCAUUGAAAAUUAUAGAAAAUCUAUUAGUUAUUAGACUAUUGAAGAUCUAGGUUUAUUUUUUAAAAAGCUUCAUUCAUUUGAUUAUCCUGUAAAAUAUUAAUUUAUUUUAUAGGAUUAAGUAAGAAAAUUAUCCUUAAUUCUCAAUUAACUUUAUACAUUAAACUCAUAAGAAGAUAGAAAAAAUUUCAAACCUGUAUAAAUAAUUGCAUCAACAACAACAAUAAACACUUAAAAAGAAUCAAAACAAUAUUUUGACUAAGGUUAACAAAACAUUUUUAAUUUAGGUUUUGAGCUAUGCACAAAAGGUUAAUUUGAUGAAGCCAUUAAGUUAUUGGAUAAAUCACUUGAGAUUUGUUCUACAAAUAUUGAAGCCAUAUUUUAUAAAGCUGAAGCUUUAAGAAAUCUUGGGUAAUUUGAAAAAUCUAUUGCAGAAUAUGAUAGAUGUAUGAAAUUCGACUCAGAUGAUAAGUUAGAAUAUAAUUUUGGGAAAGGUUAAUUUCACAUAUUUAUGUUAAAGGUGAAGCAUUAAGAGCUUUGGAGAGAUAUGAGGAUGCUGUAUUACUAUUUGAUAAAGCAUUAAAAAUUAAUAUAAAACAUUUUAAUUCACUUUUUGGAAAAGCUGAUUGUUUAAGAAUGUUAGGAAUGUUGUAAGAGUCAUUAAAAUAUUAUAAUUUUGCAUUAAAAGAAAACUAAAAAGAUUUUACUUGUUUAAAAUUUAAAGCUGUAAUUAUGGAAGAAAUAGGUUUGGAAGAUUUCUUAGAGUUUUAUUAGAUUGCUGCAUAAAUUGAUCCAUAUGAUGAAUAUAUUCAAACAAAGUUAAGUUUAUAUUCAUAAUGA